GUGAGCUACAGAAAUGCAAACCAUCUAUAAAGAGAUCAGUUUUGACAAAACUGAUCGAAAGAAAAAAUCUCCUUCUCCAACAGAAGAGGAUGUUUAUGUGAAUACAAAGGACUGGCAGCCAAAAACCAAAAAAUGCACAGAGUUGAAAAACAAGAAAACAGGAAAGAUCUUCAUAUCUGUUCUUGGUCUCCUCCUCAUGCUUGUUGCUUUAUCAACAAUGUGUGCUAUAGGGAUCUUUUAUCGCAAUAAAGUUGUCUCAUAUGAGCUAUUAAAUAAAAAGUAUGCUGAUAUUACAGAAACACUGAUGUUGAUGAAACACAAAGUCAGUGAGACAGAAAGACAGAACGAAGAACUGAAGGUGAAGUUUCAACAAGUUCAGGAAGAUCUCUCUGCAUGCAGUGAAAUUCAGAAAGGCAGAAAAUGUGAGGAAGGAUGGAUAUCUCAUGAUUUGAAGUGUUAUUACUUCUCCACUUUUAAAUUAAACUGGACUCGGAGUAGAGAUGAGUGUGUGGGAAAAGGAGGCCACCUGGUGAUUAUAACCAGCCGAGCUGAACAGAAUUUUGUAUCUUCACAAAUUGGAAAAACACACUGGAUUGGCUUGAAUGACUUGGAAACCGAGGGAAAGUGGGUGUGGGUAAACAACCAGGAGACCAGUGUAACGUUCUGGUAUCGCUCCCCUGAGGGAAUAGAUGAACCUGAUAACUGGACAAAAGAGGAUCCUUCUGGAGAGAACUGUGUUGCUCUGGGGAAUGACGAAGGUGGCACAAAUAAAUGGUUUGAUGCGUCUUGCCGUAAGCAGAAACAAUUCAUCUGUGAAAAUUAAUAUCUUGGGUGCUUUUUAGCUAAAAAUAAAUCAUUUUGAAAAAUCUGGAUAGUUUGUUUGUUAAAUCUGGAUAUUUUCUAUUGUAAAAUAUGAACAUUGGCUUCAUUGUAUUAAAAAAAAUAAAAACUCUAACUAACUCAACCUUAACCAAAGUUAACCAUGCUCCUAUAUAAAAUGUUUUUUUAUUUUUUUUAUUAUAAAAGAUCAUGAAUUUUCAAACCUGCAUGUUCAGAUGACUUAUGGUUUUAAAAAUGGUUAUCUAAGCUUGUUUAAUUCUCUAGAACAUUAGUGGACAGUUUGAGAUCUUGUAUAUUGCUUUUCUAUUGCUGCCUUGAGAAAAGCCAACAUUUGACAAUAAUCUGAUUAUCAUCAAAUCAAAUUUUACUUGUCACAUACACAUACAUACAGGGUACGACAUGCAGUGAAAUGCUUAUUACGGCUUAUUAAAAUGCAUAUCCAGUGUUUAUUUUCUUGAAGUUAUAAGAUCAGUAAUGUUUAACUCUGCAUCAGUUCUGCAGGAAGUGAGAAGAAACGAUAUCUAUACAAAGUCUUAUUUCCUUGAUUUACUAGCUGACAUUUUAGUGAUAUUGAUUCCUGGAAAUCUUUAUUAGGUGUUAAUUUCUCAAAAUCUAAAUUAGCAUUAAAUAAAUAUACAGCCCUCGACAAAUUAAAGGUAAAACUGAUUCACCAGAAAAGCGUCCAUAAAUUCUGCAAGUCUUCUAAACUUACUGAAUGGAUGAACACUGUUCUUCUAAAAGAAAUGACUAACGAUUGAUUGUUAAAUAACAACCCAGUAGAGCUGAACAGAGCAACAGGUUCAAAAUUUGUCAUUCAUCUGUAAGUACUAAUGCUACAU